AUGAUAAAUAGAUAAUCUCAUCUAUUUCUAAGAUUAACAUCUUCUCCAAAGUUCUAUCACGGUGGUUUGAAAGAUUAGGAUCGAAUAUUCACAAAUGUGUAUCGUGAUGGAGAUCCUUAUAUUCAAGGGGCUUUGAAGAGAGGAGAUUGGCAUAGAACAAAAGACAUACUGACUAUGGGUUAAGAUUGGAUAAUAGAUGAAAUUAAGAAGAGCGGUCUAAGAGGUAGAGGAGGUGCAGGAUUUCCAAGCGGUUUGAAAUAUUCCUUCAUGCCAAAAGUCAAUCCCGAUGGAAGACCAUCUUAUUUGGUAAUAAAUGCUGAUGAAUCUGAACCAGGAACAUGCAAAGAUAGAGAAAUUUUAAGACAUGAUCCUCAUAAAUUAGUCGAGGGUGCAUUAUGCGUAGGAUUUGCAAUGAGAGCUAGAGCUGCAUAUAUAUAUUGCAGAGGAGAAUUUUGGGUUGAAGCUAAUGCCUUGCAAUAAGCAGUUGAUGAAGCUUACAAAAAGGGAUUCUUGGGAAAGAAUGCAUGUGGUAGUGGAUAUGAUUUUGAUGUUUAUGUUCAUAGUGGAGCAGGUGCAUAUAUUUGCGGUGAAGAAACGGGUUUAAUCGAAUCCUUGGAAGGAAAACCAGGUAAGCCUAGACUUAAGCCACCCUUCCCAGCAAAUGCAGGUUUAUGGGGUUGUCCCACUACUGUUACUAAUGUUGAAACUGUCUCUGUUUGUCCAACUAUUCUCAGAAGAGGAGCUAAUUGGUUUGCUUCAUUUGGCAGACCCAAUAAUAGAGGCACCAAAUUAUUUUGCAUUUCUGGUCACGUCAACAACCCAUGCACAGUUGAAGAGGAAAUGUCUAUUCCACUUAAAGAGUUGAUUGAAAGACAUUGUGGAGGUGUCAGAGGAGGAUGGGAUAAUCUCAAAUGCAUUAUUCCAGGAGGGUCAUCUGUGCCUAUGUUGCCUAAAGAAGUAUGCGAAACUGUCUUAAUGGAUUUUGAUGCUUUGAGAGAUGUCAGAUCAGGAUUGGGAACUGCUGCUGUGAUUGUUAUUGACAAAUCCACUGAUAUUAUUGAUGCCAUCUUGAGAUUGAGUAAGUUCUAUAAACAUGAAUCAUGUGGACAAUGCACUCCAUGCAGAGAAGGUACUUCAUGGUUGGUUGAUUUAUUGGAAAGAAUGAAAGUGGGAAAUGCUGAUUUUGCUGAAAUUGAUUAAUUAGAAGAAUUAACUUAUUAAAUUGAAGGUCACACUAUAUGCGCACUUGGAGAUGCUGCUGCUUGGCCUGUUUAAGGUUUGAUUAGAUCAUACAGAGAAGAAAUUGAAGAAAGAAUCGAAGAUUAUCAUUCAAAACACCCAGUUAAAUCUAGACAAUUGCGUAGUAAUCCAUAGUAAUCAAAUCAUUGAUCUAUUCAUAAAUUCAAUAUAACAUUUUUAGUUUUUUCA